AUGAAAGAAAAUAAAAAAAAGAGAGGUAAGACGAUGGCUGAUCCUGUUGCAGAUUUCUUAGCUCGAGAACAAGAUAUGUUUGCAGACUUAGAAAGCCCAGUAGGACAACAACAACAACCUGUUUUUGGUAACGCUAUAAUUAUGUCUGAUGGAUCAUUUGUAAUUACUGAUGAAGCUGACUUUGAUGGUUUUGAUGUUGCUAAUGGUAACAAUGGCGGUAAUGAUGUUCCUCCUGUAGAUAGUGGUGUUGACUUACAAGGCCUGGUACCAACUAAUCUAGUAACACCAACAUUGUCAUUAAGAUCAAAUGCUAGUGGUACAUCACUAGACUUCUCAACAAUUCAACCUGUUUUUAAUAGAUUUCAAGAAGAACCUGAAACAUUAAAAAAAUGGAGAGAAGAAAAUGAAAAAAAUAUAGUAGAAAAAGAUAAAGUAGAAGCAACAAAAAAAGAAGAAUGGAAAGCUAGUGGUAAAAGAGAACUUGAAAGUUGGUAUGCUGAAAGAGAGGUCAAGUUAGAGGCUGUUAAGAAAGCGAAUAGAGAACAUGAAGCAGCUUUGGUAAAAAGUAGUAGCUCCUCACCAAGUGAUGAUAAAACUCCAGAUUGGAAGAAAAUUGCAUCUCUUUGUGAUAUGUCGUACAAGUCUGCUCGUGACCUUUCAAGAAUGAGAGAACUUAUCACUUCUAUGUAA